AUGGCUGUAGAUUUUGGGGACCCCAGGAGUGGUUUCCGCCACAGCGAGGUGGUUGUGUUCAUCAACGAAGAGGUGCUCAGUAAUGGCGGUGGGCCUGACUUCUACCUGACCUUCCGCUCCCGGUCGUGGAACGAGAUCGAAGAUGGCCUGAAAUCUGUCGUGUCCGACUCGCAGGUACCCCGCACCAUCAAGCGGGCCUGCGCCUGGAGCGCGCUGGCCCUGGGUGUGCGAGUGGCCGCGAGGCAGCGCGAGCGGCAGGCCCGCCGGGUUCGGCAUCUGCAGGAGCAGGUGGAACAGCGCGAGGAGGCCACCUGGGCUCUGGCCUCUGAGCUGGAGCGCGUCCGUGAGGAGCGUGAGCAAGUGGUUUUGCAGUUGCGUAGAGCGAGAGACAGCCUGCAGCAAACGCUACGGGAGCAAGAGGAGCUCCGCGGCAGGCUGCUCCAGUUCGAGCUGUCCCAGCAAGUGGUUUCUGGGUCGCAAGAUGAACAACCCAAGACUGAGGCAUGGUCGCUGAAUGCACAGAGUGCAGCGUCCCGGAAGGAGGAGGCCCAGAAGGCAUCCCUAACAGGUGUGGCAAGUCCCUGGGUCCCGGUCGGUCGUUCAACCCCCUCUGCCAAUGCCAUUCUCCAGUCUUUCCCAAUAGCAUUCCCAUACUCACCCCCUCCCCCACACAGAAUAACCUCAGAAGGGGCAGCAGAAGCUUCUGAUCCACCCCAGAUAUCUACGAGGGGCAUCUGCUCACCUGGUCUGCAGUCGACAGCAGUGCAAUCUGGGACACAUAGCAUAGUGGUGGGAUCACACCCAAGGUCAGGGAGGAAGUCCAGUGAGGCCUUAAAGGAUGGCCCCAGUGAUUGA